AUCAUGAUGUAUGUUACGUCACAUACAUGCGUCGUCUGUAUAUUCCUGGUGUUGUUGACUUUGAAGACCUGUGGUGGCAAAAUAUUUCGAGUAGAAGCCGAGUCAGCUAAAGGUAACCAUCCCAAACCUUACAGAUCGAACGCUAGUAACGGCCGAGAUGUUUGGCUACAUCGCGAUGCGAUGCUGUCAUUUAGUUUCUGUUCGAUCAGAGAAACCAAUGUCAAUAUAAAUAAUGUUAUGUUCUCAAAUGACGGAGGAGCUGAUACGUGCUCAAUAGAAUUAAACGGGGUGGUGGUCGGAGAAUUUGAAUCUACGGCCGGAAGUGAUACCGGUCUUCUGUGGAACGAUUUCAAAUCAUCUGGAAAUGUUGGAUCGAGUAUGACACUUGAAUCUAGAUGGAAUACAAUCACUUUGUUAGUAAAAUCAGCUGAUGUCUAUGGUAUCGAGAUAGAUCAUAUUGAUGUUCAUGUUGAAGAUGAUGAAGUCAACGAAGAUAUAUUUACAUGUAUUCUACCAUGUUUAUCAGAUCUACCCGUUGUAACAGCAGCUACAUCAGGUCUGACUGAAGGAUGGGUCGAACAAAGAAGCUACAGUACUCAAUGUGCAGAAGAAGAUAACGUAGACGUCGCCGUCUUUAAUUCUGACGUCACUAAAUACGAGAUCACCGCUAGCCUUCCGCGUUAUCGAUCGUUUUUGAAUCUCCGAGACGAAGACACAAGUAACUGUCCUUUCUUAACUCCCCUGUACUGGUUGUACGAAAAUGUCAUGAUUUCUCCAACUACCAAAUCCUUGACAUCAAACACCGCAGAGUUAUUCUUCAGUGACAAGACAGCCCCUGUACCGUACACAAUAACUAAGAUGGCUGUAACGUUUACCCUACAGGGACGUAAUAAAGGUUACAUUGAUUCCGAGAUUGGAUCCACAUUGUACAUGACAAUGAAUUCACCAGAUGCCCCAUCAGAUGUCGUCGUAUCGUACAAACAUAGAAACGGUGCAAUCGUUGAAUUCUCCCCAGUGACCUUUUCAGACAGUAUGACCAGCAGUGUUUGGAAUAUUCCUGAUUUCACCUGGAAGGAGGAUUUAACUAAUAAUAUUUUUGUGACUGUACAAUCCACAGCCUUGGACCAACAGCUGGUGGAGCUAAGACUAGAGAGACGUUACAUGGGACCAGACGUGGUUAUACCGCUCUAUUCCAGUAGCCAGGUCGUCUUGGAGGGUGUACAAGUAGACUUCUGGUGGCAGGCACCGGAAAGCAUGGAGUUAGUUCGACCAUCAACUGCAGACACAUGGAACAACAUCGCUUAUUUUAGGAUAUACGUGAGUCUACCUUGGUCAGAUGGUUAUUCCCAAGUUUUUGUGCUGUACCAGGACGGUAACAUGCGUCUACUGAACCCCACGUCACAUGGCUUAGACUGGACUCCAUUCGGCACCUCUGUGAUACUUGGACAAACCAAUGUCGAUGAUUUUCGACCAGCUGUGUCCAUCACAAAGGUUGAGAUCGAACCCGAAGACCUAACAAUGAAAAUAAUAUAUUCCGAUGGCGGCAGUACGGAUGUGAAAUUGGUAACGUCCAUUGAGAAAACCAAGUUAUACGUGUCGAAUAUUGACUUUAAGAAGAGAACGACCACACAUCCAUUUGCAACAUUUCGGUCCAUGUACGUACAGGCUGGCAACACAGACUCCGACUCCAUUGUCAGUGAUACGUCUACUACUAAUCCAAUCCUUGGAGGCGAUUGGACGACCAUCAAUGGAACCAGUUUCCUUUUGUACCGUCGAUGUGAAUCGAAGCAUUUAACUCAAAGUCCAGAUAUUCAUCUACAAGUUACUGAAACAGAAUAAAACGAUUGCUUUAAGAUACUUUCACUUAGAACUUUUCUGCGCUUCUUACAAAAUCAUUUGACGCUCUCCAUUGUAAUAAACGAUUCCCUCUUUAAUAUACCUUCACCUAAAAAUGUUAUAUUCUUCUUACGAAAGCAGUUGAC